UCUCAUUUCUUCGCAGCAGCAAGUCGAGCAAUCCUCCAGCUCGCCCUCAUGGCGCUGGAGGUGCCGACCAUGGCCCCAACCUUUUUCCCUCGAAUGUCUGCUCAAUCCCCUUUCUCCCUCCCAACCAUCUCCACAAACCUCACCCAAACCACCAAAACGCCAUCGCCGCCUUCCACCUCCACUUCAUUUUCAAGUCCAGGCUCAUGCCCUUCGCCGACACCCAGCGCCAGUAAUCCUCUCCAAUUUUGGGAAGCCGACUUAGCAACAACUCACCCGGGCUGAUCGCCUAGAGUCCUUGGUCCGCCUUGUCACUCGCCAGUCUUGAAUAAUCCCCCAACCUGAUUGUCCACCACCACGCCGACCGCCCGACCUGGCCACCCACCACUUGCAUAAAGCACGAGAGCCUCGCUGCACCUCUCUGCCCGGGGCACUGGUCCCUUUGCCACCGCGUCGCUUCCGCGCCAUCCUCAAAUCUAAGCGUGCUCACGCCCACGGCUUCAUUUUCUACCCUUCCAGCAACCGCCAUGGCACCGGCAGCGACAAAAAACGCGUCAUCGGCCAAAGACCGUCGCAAGUCUGACAAGGCUGCCGCGGCACCCGAGCCAAGGUUGGAGCCCGCAAGGCCCGGCCUGGUGACGCUCGUCGUCCCGCCCGAGAGGCUGAGAGCCAUCGUCGACCCUUCAAGCGUCUCGUCCUUGCCCGAGGAGACGUCGGCCAAGGACAAGGAGUCGCCCACGACAUCGUCGACGCUGGCUGCCGCACCCCCUUCCAACCCGGACGCCCCGUCAGACUCGACCCCGAACACACCCAACCCCAGUGGGACCCCGGCACCCCCUUCUGUCAUGGGACCUCCCACCGAAGGCCCCAAGAAGAAGGGUGUCAAGAGGUCCGCCGCCGUGGCGAAUGGUAACGGGAGUGACGGCCCGACAGCAAAGGUUCGGGGCAAGCCUGGCCCCAAGAAGAAGGCGAGACUCGACGACGGCACUCUCGAGUCCGGACGUGCCAGCCUUGGCGGGCACAAGCUAGGUCCCAAGGCCAACCAGGGUGCUAUCAACGCCGGUCUGCGGGCCUUGGACCGCUCGGGCAAGCCAUGCCGUAAGUGGAGUAAGGGUGGCUUCACUCUCAAAAGCUUCACGGGUGUCGUGUGGUCGGUUCCCCGGUGGACUGCUCCGACACGGCCGCAGCCUGGGGCAGAGACCCUGCCGUCGCCUCCCGAGGAAUCGGGCUCGGCUUCCGCCGAGGGUAGCGGUAGCAACAAAGAGAAUGGCGUCGCCAUCUCCCUUGGCGUCAACGCUACCAACGGUAGUAACGAUAGCAAAUCCAAGGACGAUAUCAGCAACGGAGCAGUCGAUGUCGAGAUGCAAAGCGCCCCCAGCGUAAAUAUGGAUUCGCCUGCUCCCGCCCCUGUCGCUGCAGCCACUUGAGCUUGACAGCUUGCUUUCGUCACAACGCCUGGCUUUUCUUUUGCUUCUAUACCUUCCUUGUCACUAUCCUAUUUCGUUUGGGUAUUAUCCACUUGGCACCGUGCCCCGGAGGAUUUCGGCACAGUUCCUCCUGGUCUCGCUAGAAUGGGUGGCUACAACCACCCAAGACAUGAGCAACUGCGAACUGGCUCCAACAUGGUGGGAAGACCUAGUGUCUAUCGCCAUUCUGGCUUGCUGCAACAGUCCUGGCUCUUCUUUUCAUGUGUUUGUUCGGCGUUGAUUGGGCUACAGACAGCUGAGCGCUGUGGGCGGUCUGGCGUUUGAGAUGGGUUUCUCUUUUUGUCUUUGGGGGCGCAGCGGCAUGAUGGCGUGUACAACACCGACUGGAACAAGAGUUUUAUGGGAAAACAUUUGGAGCAAUGGCACAUGGCUGGCUUAAUAGAAUUGUCACUGUUUUGAUGUUUGGUAUCUGGUAUUUGUGAGAAUGUAAUUUCUACCAUGUUUUACGACUUGGGCGAUGCCUUGUUGAUUUUCCUUCUCGAUCUUUAUAGAUGGUCCCCUGGACAAAAAUGCCAUGACGAAGCACGCAAUGGGCA